GUUUAUAAAAAAAAAACUACUUUCAUUUUAUUCAUAUACUGUAUAUACGGUUCAUAAAGUUUAAAAUUCGGUCAGAUCUUUUUUUGGCUCUUGGUUGAGAUCGAGGGACGAUUAAAAUUGAAGUUUUUAAUACCUAUUUGUAGAACAACUAUGGAUCCUCGUUCUAGUGCCCAGGACGUACACCGAUGUGACCUUUGUGAGACCGCUACUGUGCAAAGCUACUGCGACUUUUGUCAUAUCAACCUCUGCAAGCUCUGUAUAGGUGAGCACAUCUUGGAUGGAUAUGACAAACACAAAAUAGUUCCCUUCCAGCAACGAAAAUCAACCUUGAUUUAUCCUAAAUGUGAAACACACCCAUUCAAACAUUGCAAAUUCAAAUGCAAAAAUUGUGAAAAUAUUUUAGUUUGUUCAUCCUGCAUGGCAUCAGAACAGCAUGGGGGACAUAGGUUUGAGGAACUUUUAGAAAUUUAUAAGACAAAGAAAGAAACUAUUAAAAAUGAUGCAAAAGAGUUAGUAAAUUGUAUUUCUCCUUCAUAUGAAGAAAUAGCCCUUGAUUUGGAAAACCAGCUAGCCAACUUAGAUGGAGGAUAUGAGAAAAUAACAACAGAGAUAUCCAAACAAGGAGAGGAAUGGCACAGAGAAAUCAAUACCAUCAUCAGCAGAAUGAAAACUAAAAUCAAUGAGGUAAAAAUGAAACACAGAGAUGUUUUACAGAAACAGUUGGAUGAAAUCAGGAAGACGGAGUCUCUAAUAAAACAAACAUUACAGGCUUUGAUGGAUAUUCAAGAAUCCACCGAGGUAUUACGAACGAUUGAAUAUAAAUCUGACAUCAGAGAUUUCAGCAAGCUUCCUCACAUGGCACAGGUAUCACUGCCAACAUUCAUUCCUAAACAAAUAGAUCAUGAGAGGCUGUAUAGUUCAUUAGGCCAUUUUACACCAUUAUCUAUUGACACUAAAGAAAGUACCUUGUCACUAAACCAACACAAUACUGCAGUCAGAGAAUUACUGGAUGAACCGGAGCUUGUUGUCUCAAUAAAGACUGGAUACUAUAAAGAUCUACGCCGUGUUACCUGCCUUGAUGACGACAAGAUAUGGGCGGUUAAUUGGACUAAUAAUAUCAAUUGCUUCAGCUUAAACGGAUCACUCCUUCAGACAAUCAAAACUAAAUCAGGACAAUUGUCAUAUGAUAUAGCUGUAGACAGUAAAGGAAAUCUACUGUUUACUGGCGGGAAGACAAUGUAUAAAGUAAUAAAUGGGCAGAUAGAACAGCUGAUCACAUUACAGGGAUGGCGUUCCUCGCAGCUGUGCCUCACCUCUACUGGUGAUCUCCUGGUUACCAUGUACACUGAUGAUACAUCUCAAUCCAAAGUUGUCCGUUACUCGGGAUCUACGGAGAAACAAACCAUUCAAUUCGAUGAUGAAGGUAAACCUUUGUACUCUGGGAAUGGCAUAAUUAAAUACAUUACAGAGAACAGAAACCAUGACAUAUGUGUAGCUGACUGUGGGGCUGGUGCAGUAGUGGUAGUUAAUCAGGACGGGGAACUCAGAUGGAGAUACACCGGUCAUCCCUCAGUUACCAAGAACGAACCUUUCAAACCCUAUGGUAUCACAUCAGACAGUCAGAGUCGUAUACUGACAGCAGAUUUUGACAAUCAUUGUAUUCACAUUCUAGAUCAGAAUGGACAGUUUCUCCGUUACAUUGAUAACUGUCAUCUAAACAAUCCUUAUGGUUUAUGUGUGGAUAAUAAUGACAAUUUGUUUGUGUGCGAAUAUAAUUACGAAAGCAAUAUAAAGAAAAUAAAAUAUUUGAAAUAGAAACCGAGUAACAGGGAUGCGCUUAACAAAAGAAUUUAAAGCUGAACACCUCUCGUAAAUAGGCACUGUCCGCCAUAUUUCUCUUUAAUCGCUGCUGUCCCUACAACUCUUAUAUAAGGGACAGACCUCUAAACAGUUCAAAGUACUUCGCUGUAGAGGUCUCACCUGUGUGGACGUACAUUUUGCCUCGCCGUGUUACUCGGUCGCGAUGAAAUUAUCAAAUUUUACGGACCUUUUUGAAGCCAGGAGAAUACUAACAUCAAAUAAAUUGGUCAAUGCAUUAUUUACGAACAGAAAAUGAACAUAAGAUAAGAAAAAAAAUGAAUAAAAUCUAAAGACCACGAAAGGAAUACUACAUGUCGGCCAAGAGGUUCAGGUGUGCAAUCGGGUGUAACGAAAUCGAGGGGUUUAUAUACCAGGUAUCUGUGUGACGGUGCCUAUUUACGAGCGGUGUUCAGCUUUAAGACUUACGAUCAAAUGUAAAUGUUCAUUAUUUACAGGUUAUAAAUGGUUUGACUUAUUACCGAUAAGAUUUACAAGAAUUGAAAUUAUUUUUGAAUACUAUAGUAGUUUGCCACGAAUUAUUUUUUCUUAUUAAUAUUCAUUUCAUGGGACUAAAAAGUUUUAUGACUUUGUCGUCAGUUCUAUUUGUUAA